AUGUCAAACAGUUUUCAUCCCGAAGAUUAUGAGAAUGAAUUAGCUCGUAUACAAGAGCAGCUGACACAAGAACAAAUUCACGACCUAGAGCGAAGUUUUCGACAGAACCGUCGUUCAAGUAUGCAUGAACUAACUCUUCUCAGUAUCAAGUUGAGUUUGAGUUGGGAUAUGGUUCAUGUAAGUUUAAUUUUAGAGUUACUAAACGUUUAUUAUUUGGCACGCGUAAGGCUGGUAUUGACUAGGUGUAUAUGUGGUAGAUUAGCGGUGAACAAAAAACAUGCUGCUGCUCUGUACAAAUGUAGUACCUAACACCUUUUAGCUGAAGUUCUUUUAAACACUGCUGGGGUUAACUCACUGGCAAAACAAUACAAGUUAAAAAGAUGAUUGAAAAAAGUAUUUGAAAUCAGCAUUUUUGAUACGUUUUGCAGGAAAUCUAACGGUCUUUAAGGAUCUGCACUAUACUAGUUUGCAA